AAGUUGUCUCCACAAUCAAAAGAAUUCGCUCCACUCAGUCACAGUGGACUCAUAAUAGACUCAGGGGGGUCCCAACAAAUAUAUUGAAUGAAAUCAGUCAAAUCAAAGUAUUGCUUGAGUGGCAAGUAGCGAAACAAGGCCAAGCCCGCCGACCUCCCUCUCUCCCUCGCUCGCUCGCUCGCUCGCUCUCUCGCUCGCAGUUAGCAUGUAACUACGAGGCUAUCAGGCUAGCCUAGGCUAGCGCCUAGCGUGUAAUUGGUUGACGUGCGCCGGUCGGCUCUAUCAACAUUCGGGUGCUGUUCGGACGGAACACACUCCCCAGCCAGGCAGCAGCCAGCCAGCCAGCCAGCGAGCGGCACACGACGCGGACUCAACUCGGUCGGCGAACUCGGACGGAUCGGAGGCGCCAUCCCGCGAGUGAAGAUGAUUAAGCUCUUUUCCCUGAAGCAGCAGAAGAAAGACGAGGAAUCUGCCGGAGGAAAUCGAACCGGAGCCGGCGGUAAAAAAGCCAGCGCGGCCCAGCUGCGAAUACAAAAAGACAUCAAUGAGUUGAACCUGCCAAAAACAUGCGAGAUCAACUUCCCUGAUGACGACGACCUCCUCAACUUCAGACUCAUCAUCUCUCCUGACGAGGGUAUUUACAAAGGAGGAAAGUUUGUCUUCAGCUUUAAGGUAGGACAGGGCUACCCUCACGACCCCCCCAAGGUGAAGUGCGAGACGAUGGUGUACCACCCCAACAUCGACCUGGAAGGAAACGUCUGCCUCAACAUCUUAAGGGAGGACUGGAAGCCAGUGCUGACAAUAAACUCCCUCAUCUACGGCCUUCAGUAUCUUUUUCUAGAGCCCAACCCCGAGGACCCGCUGAACAAGGAGGCGGCGGAGGUGCUGCAGACGAACCGCCGCCUGUUCGAGCAGAACGUCCUUCGCUCGCUGCGCGGCGGCUACGUAGGCUCCACUUACUUCGAGAGGUGUCUGAAAUAGCUCCGCCCACACAGGAAGCCACCCGGGACAUUUUCCGAGCCCCGCCCCCUCCUCGCCUCCCCCCACGUGACUCGGCGUUCAUCAUUCACACCCAGCAAGACUCCGGGGGAGGGCGGGGGGGAGGGGGUGCUGCGAAUGUUGAUGACAUCACAAACGCUUUGACUUUUCAUUUGGCAAGAGGCCACGCCCCCUUCCGCCACCGGGGGCGGGGCUACGGCAGUGGUGGGCGGAGACCGUGCUGAUAAAGGCGGGGCUUGUGGGUUGAAAUGUACAUGAAGACUGCAAUGUUUGACGUUAAUAAAAUAUCAACUCGCACGA